AUGGAGGCCGCUCCGCUCACACUGGCCCACACCCACGCACGAAAUGCAGUCCUCGAAACUCGCAAGUCGAACCCGGUCGCUGCUAGUGAAGAGCAUGAUUUAGCUGCGGGCGAGUUUGCAGCUGCUGCUCUUAAUAAUUCCGAUCAGGAAGCUCUCCGCACUCUGCAGCUACUCGAAAAUCAUCACAAGAAACUCGCCGAAAUUCUGAGAUUCCAGCAUGAACAUCCCGCUAAUACCGAAGGACCAACCGCUACGGCAUCGCCAGGCCCAAAUGAGCUCUCCUCGGAUACCGUAAACACAAAGAGUGGCGCUCCAAACAGCCUGGAUGCCCAGGGUCAAACCCCAAGGCUUCCAGGGAACCCCAGAAUACUCAGUCGAGAGUCCUCGUCGAUUGCUAGCAAUCUAGCCUCAGCUCGGGGCAUCCCGGCUCAACCUCGUCGUGGAUCACCUGUGUCGCCAACCAUUUCCGCACACCAGGCGGGCGCGAAGAUGACAGAAGGACCAUCAAAAAUCAAAAUUGGUGAAUCUAGGUUGCGAGAGGUCCCCAAUAAAAAUCGGUCCAGCCGAUCAGCCCCUAGACAGCCCUGGUCACCCCCACAGCCCAACUCCACCGAUAUCACCGCCCACGAAGUUGUUCCUCAGGUAUCCAAGUCUGGGUAUUCCAAAGCCAACUCUGCGACGGCGGAUGAACCAUUCCAGCGCUUUUAUUCUACAUUCGAAGGCCUCAUCUCCAGGAUAUCUGCCCCUCUGGCAUUUGCAGGACUGCCUCUCGGGUCAGAUGACCCUAGCAAAACCAAUCCAACGCGCAAGUCCUCAGCAGAGACCAAGGUAGACCGUUAUCAUGCGACCCCCGAUAAAGGGAAUGCACAAGCUGAGCCAGACGUGAGCCGGAUCUUUUCUCGGGCUGCUUUACGUUCAAUUCGGGAUACUCCAGGAUCCAGUCCUGGAAACACCGCCGAGUCCUUCUAUGUCGUCCCCACAACUGGUGGAACUAUGUCAUAUGCAGGCAUUAUGACCCGAGCUGAGAAAGAGGCUCGUCGGAAUAGCUUGGAGGAGGGCGAUGACGACUUCGUGGACGCACGAGAAACCCCGUCUUCGCCGGAGAUGCGCCACAGUGGAAGUUCCAACACACGGACCAUACGUCGCGGUGCUGCUGAUAAACUUACCAGCUUACAAAACCCAAAAACCCUGGAGGAGUUACAAAUGGAGAAUCAGGCUUUGAAGCAUUUGUCUGACACUCUCUCCAAACGGCUUCACAUGUGGGAGGUUAACGCUCAAUCAUCAUCUAUGGCACUACAACAAUCUUUGAGGGCAAUUCAUCAUCAAUCCCCCGAAGCUCUACCACAUGAUUCCUCCGCCACAUCUCCAACGGCUCAGAUGUCGGCUGCGAAUCCCAUGUCAGACUCAACUGACAGAGUCAGAGAACUAGAGGAACUUGUUCGUCGUGGUGAACAGGAGCUAGACCGCGUUGGUAAAGAGAACGAAAAGCUGAAAAAUGUCCUUGGUCGGUACCGUGACCGUUGGGAAAAGCUCAAGGAGGGUGCCAAAACACGACGGGCCGAAGGUCGAUCCAAUGAUAAUCCGUCUCAUCCAUCAACACCCACCGCAAGCUCCAGAACCCCAGAUAUCCCUAUAUCGCCUCACCCAGACACAGACUCAUCUGGAAAAUCCAAUAAUCAGCGAACCGUCGGAAGAGAAUUUGAAAGGAAACAGGACUCGGCGAGUCUUUGA